AUGAGCGAGAAGCAAAAAAAGAACUGGGCUGAUUACAUGAAUAUUAUUAUCGAAAAUUGGGAAAAUAAACUCCAACCGGUCAAUUUUUUCAGUAAACGUCGCGCGGAUCCUCACUGCUGCACAAUAAGCGACGAGUCUUCUUGCAGUUUGAUGCUUAUAAAUGCGGCACCCAAAGACCCUCAAAAUUUCUACGAUUUAUCUUGCACAAAAAGCGACGCAUUAUGGCACAUGUACCCCGAAGAAAUUGAUACCAACCGGUUUUGUAAAUCUGAUCAUUGCAAUAUUCCCACCACCGACGAGUUGAAUCUUCUUCGAAAACCGGUGACCAGAGAUGUUCAGUUACCGAUAAUCCUCACUCUCGCCGUGUUGUGUAUACUCUUNUGCAUAGGACUUAUUCUGUGUUUCAUUCUCCUCCGUCGAAAAUCACGGCGGAAUGCUGCAAAUCAGCGAAAAACUAAAGUUGAUUCAGUUGGUAUUCAUCCCCUUGAGUACUGUCCAAAUCCGUCCGAAUCCGAUAGUUUGGCCGGCAGCUUUUGCAAAUCAAGUAAACCAUCCCUUCUUCGAACCGCAAUAGCCGUGCCGAGCGUAAACGGUAGUACACAUAGUAAUCCGUGCUCAGUUUACCGUGGUCGCGGUGCAAGCAGUCUGAGUCACUUAAGCUGUAGCGGAAUUGCUGCUGCAACUACAACGACACAACUGAGCGCCACAUCGUCUUCCGCUCAACCUACUCCAAUCGCUCCAUCGACUAGUGUCGGUGGAGGAAGUGCUGCACCUACUUUGCGUGAUUUGUUAGAGGAAAGUUGCAGCGGUUCUGGGUCUGGCGUUGCAUUACUAGUUCAACGAACUGUUGCUCGCCAAGUACAGCUGGAAGAGCGGAUCGGUGAAGGUCGCUACGGAGAUGUCUGGCGAGGAGUGUGGCAAUGCGAUCAAGUUGCUGCGAAAAUAUUUUCCAGUCGAGAUGAGCGCUCUUGGUUUAGAGAAACUCAAAUCUACCAGACAGUGAUGCUCCGUCACGCAAACAUAUUGGGUUUUAUAGCGGCCGACAACAAAGAUAACGGUUUGGCCACUGAGCUUUGGCUCAUCACCGAGUAUCAUCCAUUGGGUUCACUGUUCGAUUUUCUCCACGAGCAUUGCUUUCUACCGAUCGCUUUGGUUCGUGCGGUCGCGUCCAUCGCGAACGGCCUCACUCAUCUGCACAUGGAGAUUACCGGGACACAGGUGAGUUGUGUUUUAGUGUUGGGGGACUGUAUACGACGCCACAGUCCGACUUCCUGA